CAACUGUCACCCUCCCAUCUGCCGGCAGUGUCUGAUGCCUGUGUCCCCGGCUCCUGCAAAAUGCCGAGGGGAUUCCUAGUGAAGAGGAAUAGGAAACCAUGCGGCUCAUACAGGAUCCCUUGUGAAGACAAUGGCUCAGCCCAGACUCUUCCCAUGGUCAUGGAUGUGUUGGCACCUUAUAGCUCCAUCAUGCCCACAUGUUCAGAAGGGAGAUCAGGGGUGUCCGACAGGGGUGCUCAACGCGAAUCUGCACCACAGCAAGUGCCCAGUGAAGUCCCACCUUUCAAAGCUGGAGGAGGCUUAGAGAAACUGGGUCCCUGGAGCAACCUUCCAUACAGCCCUGUUCAGCCAGUAGGACUGGAGAUGAAGAAGACUUUCUUUAAGAGAUACCUUAGCUCUCCAGCUACAGCAGAAUCCUUCCCGGUGAGCGCUGCCUUUUCUUCAAUGGAGAAACUGAUAUCCCAGCAUCACAACCCCUUCAUCACCCCUGAGUCAAAGCUACACGCCAACCCAUGCACCAGGGAGGCUGCCAGGUCCAACAAAGUCCCAUCCAAGAAGCACAAAGCCAGCAGAAAGCUCCACUUCACCGAUGAGGUUACCACUUCCCCGGUGCUGGGAUUAAAGAUAAAGGCAGAGGAGCCAGAUGUCACCUCUCGCAACCCCUUGGUCAAGCGCCCCCCACUUGGGGAGUUCAUAUGUCAGCUAUGUAAGGAGCAAUACCCCGACCCCUUCGCUCUGGCUCAGCACAAGUGCUCCAGGAUAGUCCGCGUCGAGUACAGAUGCCCAGAAUGUGAUAAGAUCUUCAGCUGCCCGGCGAAUCUGGCCUCCCAUAGAAGGUGGCAUAAGCCCAGGGCAUUGGGCAACGAAGUGGGAAAGAAAGUUCAGAUGCCACUAGAAGGCAAAGAGAACAGCAGCGGGCGCAGCGCAGCCAUCAGUCUUAUAGAGCAAAGCGCACGAGUUCAGCACCAGCAGAGUGUGGACAGCGAUCCGCUCCGACGUACUCCGAGCAGCUCCUUCCAGAGCCCAGAGGACAACCAUACUCCGAUCUCACACUCCACACCCGAGGAUGGCAAUGACGAAGAGGCUUUUCACUGCCCAUGUUGUCACAAGAGGUUCCGCAGACACGCUUACCUGCGCAAGCACCUCCUCACCCACCAGCCCUACAGCCCCAUAGAGAGAGGGCAGCUCACCUACCCUUGUGCCCUGUGUGGGGUUCAUUUCCCAUCCAUGGACAUCAGAGACAAGCACAGGCUAUGGCAUGCUGUGAGAGAAGAGCUGCUGCUUCCUUUAGAGGAAGCUCUGGUGGCUGAAGGUGGUCAGCAGAUCUUUCCCUGUGAACUUUGCCCUACUGCCUUCUUCAGCUCCCCUGGACUGACCUUACACAUGAACAAGUGUCAUUCUGCAGAGAACAGACAGGACCUACCUGUACAAAUCCCACUGGGACCAGGCUGCUGAGAUGUA